GGGAGAAAAGGACAGUGUCUGAUCGUCUGAGAGGAAAAACAGCGCUUCGCUGGUAACUAUAGAACGAUGUGGUGGAAGACUUUUACCCCUACUGCUUUUUAGUCAGCAAUCAUUUGAAUGGACGACAAAAGUUGCGACGUAAAAGUUUUGUUUUUAACUCAUACUCAAGUGUCAACAAUGAAAUCCCAAGAGAUUGUCAGGGAGCAGAGCAGCUUGUGGAUUUUUGGAUAUGGCUCCUUAGUGUGGAAACCGGAUUUUCCAUUUAUAAGAAGCAAAAUCGGCUACAUUGAAGGAUACAAGAGACGGUUCUGGCAUGGAGAUGAUUUUCACCGAGGGGACAAAGAAAGGCCAGCCAGAGUUGUUACACUCGUGGCCGACAAGGAGGCGUCCACGUGGGGGGUUGCAUACGAAGUGCCUGAAUCACAAAUCAAAGAGUCUCUUCAGUAUUUGAACAUGAGGGAGGUUGUGCUGGGCGGUUACAAAACAGAGAUGGUGGAGUUCAACCCUAAAGAGAAGAGUCAGGGCCCGCUGCUGGCCCUCGUCUACAUCGCUACCUCCGACAACCCCAUCUACCUCGGCCCGGCUUCGGACAAGGAGAUUGCCGCCCAGAUUUCCAUCUGCCGCGGCAACACGGGCCACAACAUGGAAUACCUGCUCCGUCUGGUGGAGUUCAUGAGGCUCUGCUGUCCAGAGGUGGAGGACGAGCACCUUUUCUCCAUCGAGGCGGCCGUCAUGAACAUUUUCCAGGACUAUGGCGGCAUCAGAACCCCAGACCAAAAGUCUCUGUUGCUGGGAACUGUUUAGGGGACCGAACAUGUCCGUUUUCAACCGUUCGAAAGGGAAAUUGAAUCCCUGAAGCUGAAGUUUCAGAGUAUUUGGUUGAGCACUCUACUUUUUGUGAUGUUUUUUUAAAGCUGUGACAAAGAUUUUAGCACGAUGUGAAGACAAUUCUUCAAAACGUCCAAAUACUUUUUGUGUUUUUAAAUGUGAUGCUUAUAUCUUUGUUAAAAAAGGUUACUUCAAGUGAUGUUUUUUUUAAUAUCUUGGAAUAAAAAACAGAACUCUGCAAGAAGGGAAAAGUGUUAAGUGUUUGUCAUACUUUUAGAAGGCUCUCUGUCCUAUAGUGUUUACGUGUAUGGUUGAAGACUGAUGCAUAUAGACUGUCUUGCUUCAUGUUUCCAUAUCACAUAGCCAAGGAA